AAAAACCUCUAAAUCUAGAGAAUAGGAUUUAGAUUUUAGAUAAAGAAAAGAAAGGCAGCUCUUUGCUAACUAAAAUGCAACUCUUGACCUUCUCUCUCUAUACUCUGUUUCUCUCUCUAGAGUAGUUGUCCAUUCUCUCUCUACGAAUGAGGGGAUACUGCCAUUAUUCCCGAACAAUCCAAGCGCCAUUUAGAUGACGACGCCGUUUUCAGCCGUCAUCGCCGCCUCAUUAUUAAUCCUCUUCGCCCUACGCCCUCCUCCGCCCUCCGCCCAUGCACUGGGCGGCUCCGCCGCCACCGUCGCCGUAGUCUACGGCUCCGCCACCACCAUCUGCACCAUAACCGCGCAGCCGCCCGUCCAACAAAUCCAAUGCUGGAGGAACGGCCUCCUCCUGCCGCCCAUCCUCCCCAACACCUCCUUCGACGCCGUCGCCGGCGGCAGAGACACUCUCUGCGGCGUCCGCUCCGGCGGCUUCAGCCUCCUCUGCUGGAACACCACCUUCGCCCCCAAGAGAAUCUACAACAACGCAUCAGCUCCGCUCACCUCGCUCACAGUUGGCGCCACCCAAAUUUGCGCGUUGCGAAACGUAUCUUCAUCCGAAUCCGAUAACGCAAUCUGCUGGCGGCAAAAUAGCGCUUCUUCGCCUCACAUUCCGAGAUAUUCCCAAUUCCGCGUGAUUUCAUCGGGUCUGCUAUUCUCCUGCGGAGUCACUCGUAUCGGAAAUAGGGUUCUGUGCUGGGGCGAUGACGCGAUUUCCAAUUCGAUUCAAUCGGAGCUGCAGAAUUACUCGAUGCUGAAUAUUCAAGUCGGCGGGAAAUUCGCGUGCGGAAUCAAUGUCACAGGAUACAUAAUCUGUAAAGGCAGCAACGACAGCGGCCAACUGAAUACGCCUCUCGAAACCGCUCGCGAUUUCAGCGGGGUGGCGGUCGGCGCCAAUCACGGGUGCGCGAUUCGGAAAACCAACGGCGCGGUGGUUUGUUGGGGCGGAGAUGGAAAUGCACAGUUUUCCAGUAAAAUCACCGAUGACAUUUCAUUUGAAACGAUUGUUGCAGGCCCCGAUUUCACCUGUGGAUUGACCACCAGCAAUUUCUCCAUCAUUUGCUGGGGCCCUGGCUGGCCUAACGAGUAUUACGCAUCGGGGAUUCUUCUCCCCCUGCCGAAAACCCUACCGGGGCCCUGCAUCGACACUGCGUGUGAGUGCAAUGUGUAUCCCGGCUCUGAAAUCCUCUGCUCUGGAAAUGGCCACAUUUGCGGGCAUUGCGAUUUCUCAAGUCCAAUUCCACCAUUUCUGGAGCCUGCGGUGGUUAGUCACCCCAAUUCAAGGGGUUUAAGGCGAGGUUUGUUGGCUUUCGCCAUUGUUGGAUCAGUUGGAGGAAUAGCAGGGAUCGCCACAGUGAUCUAUUGUUUCUGGACCGGUGUUUGCUUGGGGAAGAAGAAGAUCCAUAACUCCGUGCAGCCGACUAUGACCGCAGCUGCUCCUCCGCAGCCUAACAGCAGCCCGCCGUCGCGAUCAUCCACUCUGCGGCGGCAGGGGUCGCGGCUGAUGAGGCGGCAAAGGAGCGGAACCUCGUCCAAGCACGCUGACAAGGCGGAGGAGUUCACAUUCGCCGAUCUCGUCGCGGCCACCAACGAUUUCUCGUUGGAGAACAAGAUCGGAGGCGGGAGCUUCGGAGUGGUUUACAGAGGGAAACUCGUCGACGGCCGUGAAGUCGCCAUCAAACGGAGCGAGACCGGCGGCAAGGCCAAGAAGUUUCAAGAGAAGGAGAGCGCAUUCGAGUCGGAGCUCGCCUUCCUAUCGCGGCUGCACCACAAGCAUCUGGUGAGGCUCGUUGGAUAUUGCCAUGAACGCGAUGAGAGGCUCUUGGUGUACGAGUUCAUGAAGAACGGAGCUCUCCACGACCAUCUGCACAGCAAGAACAACGUGGAGAAGAGCAGCAGCUUCGUGAAUUCUUGGAAAGUGAGGAUCAAGAUUUCACUUGACGCAGCUCGCGGCAUUGAGUAUCUGCAUAACUACGCAGUGCCGCCUAUAAUCCACCGCGAUAUCAAGUCCUCGAACAUACUGCUGGACGCGAAUUGGACGGCGAGGGUGUCGGAUUUCGGGCUGUCGCUGAUGGGGCCGGAGGACGACCGCGACUACCGGCCGACCAAGGCGGCCGGGACGGUGGGGUACAUCGACCCGGAGUACUACGGGCUGAACGUGCUGACGGCGAAGAGCGACGUGUACGGGCUCGGGGUGGUGCUGCUGGAGCUGCUGACGGGGAAGAGGGCGAUAUUCAACGGGGGGGAGCCGAUGAGCGUGGUGGACUACGCGGUGCCCGCGAUCAUGGGCGGGGAGGUGGGCGGGGUGCUGGACGAGCGGGUGGGGCGGCCGGAGGGGAGCGAGGCGGAGGCCGUGGAGCUGGUGGCGUACACGGCGAUGCAUUGUGUGCAUUUGGAGGGGAAGGAUAGGCCUACCAUGAAUGACAUUGUUGCUAAUCUGGAGCGAGCGCUGGCGCUGUGUGAUGAUAGCCAUGGCAGCAUCUCUAGUGGUCCAAUCUCCAUUCUUUCCGAUUGAGACUAGUAACCAUCAAUUCAUUUUCCAAGAUUCUUUUUUAUUUUUAUUUUUUUGGGAAGUUAAAUAUGUGGGUGUUAUUAUUGAUCAUUUUGUAGUGUAAAGAGUAAGUUCUAACAUGAGGUGUAGAGCAGAUUUGUUCACUUAAUCUGAUAUUUUUCUUUCCAAUGGAAAAUAGUUAGUUUUGUCGA